AUGCGCAUGGAGGACAGCCGCCUCCCCAAGCGCAUGCUGUUAGGAGCGAUGGCGGGGGGCGUGGGAUACCGGGGCGGGCAGGAGAGCGACUGGGUGUCUCGUCUAGGAGAGGACCUCGUGGCCUUCAACAUGGGAGACGAAAAGGAAGGGGGGAAAUGGAAAGAGAGCGCCAAGGACCCGGAGGUGUGGUACAACAAGGUCGAGGGCGGGGCGGCAUGGUUCAUGAGGAAAUGGCACAUGCAGGAGGUGGAAGCGACCGAAGAGAAAGAGAGCCGGGGAAGCGGCGGUGGGGGGGAAGAAACGGCGACCGGGCACUACUGUAGAAGCGAGUAG